UAGUAGCGUCUGUCACGUGGGUGGGGGUUGCACAGGAGUAGCUGGGAGGGGUGGGCGGAAGAGAGAGACCGGGAUCCCCCCGCCCUGCACGGCAGCGCAGCCGAGUAACAUGGAGGGGACGCUGGAGCAGCACCUCGAGGACACAAUGAAGAAUCCUUCAAUAGUUGGAGUCCUUUGCACAGAUUCACAAGGCCUGAACCUUGGCUGUCGUGGAACCCUUUCAGAUGAACAUGCAGGUGUGAUAUCAGUUCUAGCCCAGCAGGCAGCCAAACUAACUUCAGAUCCUACUGAUGUUCCUGUUGUGUGUCUGGAGUCAGAUAAUGGGAACAUCAUGAUCCAGAAGCACGACAGCAUCACUGUGGCAGUGCACAAAAUGGCAUCUUGACCUUUCAUACAUCUGCUUGGUUCUUUCCCACCCUUGGAGCAACUCCUUGUUGGACUGAUCUAUUUCCUCUGCUGAUCAUAUCCAGAAAGUGCUUGCAGAACUAAUUUUGGGCCAAUCUUAAAUAUGUGGUAGCUUCCCUCCUUAUUUAAACAGACCCUGACUGAAGUACAGUACUAAACUUCCAGCACAGAACUUACUGUCAAGCAUGGACUGUGGUUUAACGUACCUUACUUGUGUAAUGAUCAAAUACCCUAACCUGUGGCCUUACUUGUUGAAUUCAAUAAAUUAUCUGAGAUGAAACACA